AUAAAUCACAAUGGGUCAGGAUUGGCAGCAUGACUUUAUCGAAAUAAAGAAGCGGGGUAUGCAUUUGUUGGCCACAGGUAAAUGGGCCGAUUGUCGUUUUUUGGUGGGAACAGCACCGAAUCAAAAAAUCAUAGGUGGCCACAAGCUUAUCCUGGCAAUGGCCUCCCCAGUGUUUGAGACAAUGUUCUAUGGACAUUUGGCGGAUAAAGAUGAUCCAAUUGUUAUACCCGAUGUACAGCCGGAUGCAUUUGAGGCAAUGCUGGAGUAUAUCUAUUCGGAUAAUAUUAAUAUAUCCUCUUUUGACAAGGCAUGCGAGCUAUGCUAUGUGGCCAAGAAGUACAUGUUGCCAUAUGUGGUGGAGCAAUGCACGCAAUAUUUGUGGGCUGAUUUGAGUCCGAAAAAUGCCUGUAGGGCAUAUGAGUUUGCUAAACUUUUCGAUGAGCCUCGUCUAAUGCAGAGCAGUAUGGAGUUAAUUGCUGGUAAUACACGAGAAGUCUUGGAAGAUCCCAGUUUCUUGGAUAUUGAAGUGUCCACAUUGAUGGCAAUUUUGGAUCAGGAUAAAUUAAACAUUGAUUCGGAAUUGGACCUUUUCAAUGCCUUGUUGCGUUUUGCCAACGAGCGGAGUAUGCUGCGGGAUGAUAGUGUUCCAAAUCUCCCAACGCAAAAUAAUCCAAAUAAUUCGAUAAACGGUGGCAUGGGUUUAAUACCGGUAGAGGAGAUUAAAAUGGAACCGGAUGUUAAUGCCAUGAUGCAGGGCCACGAGGAGGAGUUUAACGAAGAAAAUAAUGAUGGUAAUUACAAUCAUCAUCAUGAAUCACCAUCUCCGGAUGUAGUGGUUGUGGAAAAUGAUAUUCCCCAUCCUGUUGCUCCGCCACCUAAUGAACAACCCUCAACAUCUGCUUCGGCUGCCAAUGCUGCUGCAGCCGCUGCUGUUGACAAUCUCAAUUAUUUCAUGGAUGACCAGCGUCUUAUGGUGGAUGAGGCCAUGCUAAGGCAGGCUGUUAAGAAAAUACGUUUCCUCACCAUGACUCCACAGCAGUUUGCUGAUGGCCCAGCUCGCUCCAAACUUUUGCAGCAACAUGAGGCAUUGGCCAUCCUCAUUGAGAUCUCUAGCCCAUCCAUCAAUGAUUGUCCUAUGCCAGAGGGCUUUUGUAGGUCGCGUUGCAGUCGCAAUUACUAUGAACAGCGUACCAAUCGUGAUUUGUCUUCAUAUCGCCACUCCUUACCACCACCUGGCAGUGGUAAUAUUUGUAGUUUUGCACCCAUGGAUUCCUCCAUGGAUCACAUCCCCGCUCAAGUGUUGGCUUCGACUCGUGCCAAUCCCUGUAAUAAUCUUCCGGUUUCAAAUCCAAAUCCAUUAAUGCCAAGAGUCAGUGCUGGGAUACCCAUUGUACCAGUAAGUGAUAAUGAAGUGGCCACCAACGAUACAAGGCGUUCGUAUUGUGUUUGCACUGGAAGUCCCCAGUUUCAUUAUCGUAAUACCAGUGUUAGUGAUUGCGGAUUAACUUUUCAAGUCGAUACAAAUAUUUGGAUAACUGGCGUCCAGGUGCCCACUCAAGUUCUCUGUGGUGAACUUAUGAAUUCAGCUGGAUUCUCGGAACGGUAUAGUGAAAUUCUCUAUGCCCACAUCCAGGAUAUACAAGGAUCUCGUCUUAGCUAUACACAUUGUACAUCUCGUGUUCGCUACGAUUCACUUUUGGACAUCUCUUUUGAUCGUCCCGUCUACAUAUAUCGUAAUCAAAUUUACAAAGUAUUUGUGGUAUUUAACAAAAUUGGUUGGUAUCCGAUGUACAAUUCGGUACUCGAUGUCGAAUGCAAUCGUGUCAAAUUCUCAUUCAAUGUUGGCGAUCCCAGUGAAUCGGUACGUUGUGGUCUUAUAAGGGCAAUUGUUUUCUCAACUCCCCAGGAGCAUACACGACACAUAAUUGACUAAAAUUGUCCGGUGGCAUUAGUGUGGCCAUAUGACUUCCGAGCAUGGAUUGGAAUUUGAAGACUUUUUUCUUAACUGCAAUGCAAUAAGCACACAAUUUGUUAAAAACAAACUAAAGUAUUUUUUACGAAUUAUACGACAAAUCAAUGUAUCUCCAAUUUAUUUUCUUGUCCCGUAUACU